AGAGUCCUGGCAGUUCCCGUUCCCGGCGGGCAGCGAAAGGGAACCAGGCUUCCAGUUCCCUUCAGCUUGAUGGACCAUGCAGAAGGCGCCUGGAGAGGAGGGCUUUACAUAUGAGUGGACCUCCUUACGAGUUCGAAACACCUUCCUUGAAGUGGAUGUCGAGGAGCAGGAGGAAAGUGUUGGCAGUGUCCGAAGAAGCAACUCCUUGCCCAGCAACUACAGCAGCAAGGAUAGUGAAACCAGCAGCAGGAGCCAUGGCAGUCCUGACCGGAAUCACGACGGAGGUGCUAUGUCAGGAGCACAACGUCCGUCGCAGGCACGUUCCUCUCGUCGGGGCAGGGACGAGGCGAACGUGCCUCGGCUCCCAUUGGUCCUGCAGCCGGACCAAGAAGAUCCUCUCGAUGCUCCUCAAGCACCCGAUCCAGCAUGGUUUGUUGCGCGUUCCAGGAAACCUCUGGAAGCAGCAAGCCAGGAGGGGUGCUUUGGAAUGAGCACCGGGUCCUACAACUUCCGGAUCGAAGAUGAUUUGGACGAGACUGAGGAGCAAUUCCUAGAAAGGGUGGGACUAUCUGCUGAACAAAUGCUGGCCGAUGCAUUGCAUCUGCCGGAUCAUUGGUCGUUGAGGCUGCCAUAGUGCAGCGUGGACAGGGACCUCCCCACUGGUCAGCAGCGGAGCCACCUAGAUGGCACUUGUGUGCCGUGCUACUUUCACUUCCAGUCCAAAUGUCUGUUUGGUGACAAGUGUGGCUGCUGCCACGAAUCCAGUUUCUGAUGUUGUCCAACGGUCGCUUUCCGGUCGAUGUCCAGAGACCAUAGAAACUAUGAGACGCUUCGGCGCUUCAGCAGAUCGUCCAAGAUCCAGCUCUGAGGUCUGGACUGCGACAAUUUUUAGAUGAUAUCUGUCUGAUAUCUGUCUGAUAUCUGUAUGAUAUCUGUAUGAUAUCUGAUAUAUGAUCUUUGCUGAUGACAGCGGUACUAAAAC